AUGGCGCUGGCGGCGCUGGCGGCGGCCUCUCGGCCGGGGCGCUGGCUGUGUGGGCCGGGGCCGGCGCGGGGGCACUGGACGGCGGCCUGGCGCUCGCGGAGCCGGCGGGAGGCGGCGGAGGCCGAGGCGGACGCGCCCGUGUUCCAGUACGUGGGCGAGCGCGCGGCCCGUGUGGACCGCAUCUUCGUGUGGGGCUUCAGCUUCUCCGGGGCGCUGGGCGUGCCCACCUUCGUGCUGCCCGGCUCCGGACCCGGGCCCCGCGCCGGCUCGCGGCCGCGCCGCAGGAUCCAGCCCGUGCCCUACCGCCUGGAGCUGGACCAGAAGAUUUCAUCAGCUGCUUGUGGCUAUGGAUUCACGUUGCUGUCCUCGAAAACCAAAGAUGUUACGAAAGUUUGGGGUAUGGGCCUCAACAAAGAUUCUCAGCUUGGAUUUCACAGGAGCCGGAAAGAUAAAACGAGGGGAUACGAGUAUGUUUUGGAGCCCUCACCAGUUCCACUGCCUCUGGACAGACCUCAGGACACACGGGUGCUACAGGUCUCUUGUGGCAGAGCCCACUCUCUUGUCCUCACAGACAAUGAGGGAGUUUUCAGCAUGGGAAACAAUGCUUAUGGGCAAUGUGGAAGAAAAGUGGUCGAAAAUGAAAUUUACAGUGAGAGUCACAAGGUCCACAGAAUGCAGAACUUCGAUGGACAAGUGGUCCAGGUUGCCUGUGGCCAGGACCAUAGUCUGUUCCUGACGGAUAAAGGGGAAGUCUAUUCUUGUGGCUGGGGUGCGGAUGGGCAAACAGGUCUGGGCCACUACAAUAUCACCAGUGUUCCCACCAAGCUGGGAGGAGACCUUGCAGGAGUGAAUGUGGUCCAGGUCGCCACCUACGGUGAUUGUUGCCUGGCUGUGUCAGCUGAUGGAGACCUCUUUGGUUGGGGCAACUCUGAGUACCUGCAGCUGGCCUCUGUCACGGACACCACGCAGGUGAACAUCCCCCGGUGCUUACCCUUCUCAGGAGUGGGCAAGGUGAAGCAGGCUGCGUGCGGUGGCACUGGCUGUGCUGUGUUAAAUGGAGAAGGACGUGUUUUUGUCUGGGGCUAUGGAAUUCUUGGGAAAGGACCAAACCUAGUGGAAACUGCUCUUCCAGAAAUGGUUCCACCCACUCUCUUCGGCUUAACGGAGUUCAACCCCGAUGUCCAGGUUUCCCGAAUUCGAUGUGGACUCAGCCACUUUGCUGCCCUUACUAACAAAGGAGAGCUGUUUGUUUGGGGCAAAAACAUCCGAGGCUGCCUGGGCAUUGGCCGCAUGGAAGACCAGUAUUUCCCAUGGAGGGUGACAAUGCCGGGGGAGCCCGUGGAUGUGGCCUGUGGUGUGGAUCACAUGGUGACUCUGGCCAAGUCAUUCAUUUGA